AGCUGAAAACGCUGCGGCGACGUACACCUGCACCCAAGGGGCGGCAAACGUGCACAUUUCAACACUACGACUCGCCAAGAGUAGCGGCUGCAGUCGUUGGCAUCGCUGCUGGCUCAUAAGCCACAGAGAGCCAGCGCGAUGGCCCCACCACACCCGCUCCUCGCCAUCCAAACGCCGCAACUCAUCGGCAUCGCGUGCGGCUGCGCCGUGUUCGUGGGCACAAUCAUCACCGUAGCCGUGCUCUUCGUGAAAGGCGGCUCGAUAGAUCGAUUACGAGCCGAGGCGAACGGGGACAAGCCGGCGCCGCCGCGCCCGAAGCUGGUAGACGAGCUGCUCGAGGCCGCGAAGCGGCUUAAGGAAAAGCCCGAGCUCGGGACAUCAACGGUCGUCGCGCGAACGAAGAAGGGCGAGGCGCCGCGGCGCAUUAUUGUUAGACGGGCUGAUGAGGAUGAUGAGGAUGACCCAAGUAUUCCUACAACAGAAUGGUUAGUAGUAGUCGACGCGUCGCUGAAGCCACCAAAAAGGGUCGGUACACUCGAGCUCACGGACCACCGGCCGCGGCAUCUAGCCGUGCGGAUCAACGACGUAAAAAUAAGAAGCGAAGCCAUCGCGCCACUCGCGCUCUUCGCGACCGUCGACGCCCUGGUCCAGCGCGGCUACCGGCGGAUCGCGUGGCGCGUCCUCGAACCGACGGACGCGGCGCUCGCCGAGGCGACGGGCUUCGCGCUCGAGGGCGUCCUGCGCAAGUACUGCAUCGAGGACGGAUGUAGUAGGGACGCGCGGCUCUAUUCCGUGCUGAACACGGAGUGGAGGGAAAGGCGGCCGGCGAUCGCGGCGCGGCUGGACAUUGUUGAUGCGCAGUUAGAUGCGGCCUGGACGCUGAAGGACUGCUGCGCGCCAUCUACGAACAUGGCAAAGGCAGCGCGCGCCGCGGCCGCCCGCCGGACCAUGGCCUCGAGCAGCGGGCUGCCCGCGGCGCGGAAGAAGAACACGUGAGCGUCGAUGGCGCCGAGGUGGACGGACCACUGGACGCCAUAGACGCGACGCGAUGAGAGUGCGACGCCAUCGACGCCAAGAUGUAG